GGUGUCAAUUUUGAAUAUGUUUACUGGUCGUUUCAUGUUAAGAGGUUUAUUGUUUGCGUGAGACGAAAAUGGAUAAAUGUCAACACAUGAAGGCAUUUGUGUCAAAUGCAAUUCACUAUCUUAGGUUUCAAAAUGACGGGAAAAUAAGUUUACUUCAAAGACACUUACAGGUGCUGAGUGUCACAACUGAUAUCACAGUAUUUGAGCCCAACAAUGGAAUAUCAGUAGAGUUUUAUACAUGUUUGCAUGAAUUGAUGACUAGUUUGGAACCUAGUUGUCCGCUAGUAUGGUCAGCUGUUACAGUUCUGCAACAGGCUUGCAAGAACAAAUCGGCAAGAGCUGCCCUGACAAAUACUUUUAAAUUUGUUCCUGUUUUAGCCAAGAUUUUGGGAAACAAUCUUACUCGUGAAAAGAAAGUAAAUGUACUGAAGCUGUUGCAGGAUGUGACUUAUGGAGCAGUAAUCCCAUGGCAAGAAGCACAUUUAACAAAACUAGUGUCAAUACUAUCGUCAUGGAUAAUAAAUGAGAAAAAUACAGUUGGUACUCUUUCACUUGGAGUGCUUGUGAACUUAUGCUAUAAGAAUGUCCCAGCCAUUUACACACUCCUACGUUGUGUAGAUCACAAAAGUUUCCUAAAGACAUUGCUUGAACUCAAAACAGAAAAUAUCUACACAACAGUACAGGUACUGAAGCUGCUAACAGAAUGUGACAGUGUAUCAGGAGGAAUACCUGAUGGAGAUAUACUGUAUUUUGUGACAGUGGCAUUCAUGAGUAUAAAAGAAGUUCUCAGAACCAGAGACACAUUUCUACUGAGACUGAUAUUAGAUUUCUUCGCUGAUGUUAACUCCAUUACCCACACACGGCAAGUUCUUCUUUCAUAUACAAGCUUUAAGGAUGGCGUGGAGAAGCUGUUAGAUCAGCACUGCCAGUCAGAUCCACCUGAAGAGCUUGGCAUGCUGCUGGAAUUCUUGCAGACUUUAAUCUUAAUCCGUAUAGAAGACCUCAUGCCACUGUAUAGCCGCAUUUUACAGUUGGCGCUGUGCUCUAUUCCAUGUUCUGCUGUUGCAGCCCCGGCACUCUCACUUGCUCAAGCUAUACUCAGUACCAGCACCAAUACCUCCGGAGAGAGUGGAAGUUUAAUAGGACAAUUCAGUGGGAGUCUUUCUACACUGUUAACAGUUUUUUGUGAUGAAAAUGGAACACCAGAUGUACAACAGCAAUUAUGUGAACUCAUGAGGGAUAUGUGUGAUGUGGCUCAACUAAGAGAAAAACUGCUUCAGGUUCUUGAUGUUGAGCUGGUUCAGCAGCAGAUUCGUCCCUUAGUCACCCCUGAAGAUCGUCCUCACUAUUAUUAUGAUGAACGUGUGACAAAAACUGUUCUGUCUGUGCUCGAGCUUACAGUAAGAUUGGCACAGUUUGAUGGCAGGUGGCUCACUGCUGCUUCGGGUAUGCUGGAGCCCACAUCUGUACAUAUGAUAUUGGCACUGGCUCUUUCCUCUGCAUCCGAAGAUAUUCGUCGGAGAAUUUUCAACCUUGUUGCUUCACCUGCAUUUACGAGAGACUGUUUGUCACAACUGGCAAAGUCCCUUUGCAGAAUCCAACCUGUUGCCAGUGGUCUGUCAUUGGGAGCUAGUGGUCUGAAUGGAGGAGGGGAUGUGUAUAAUAUCUCGGCAAACACCUUCUUUAAUACCUUGCCUCCAUACAAUCUUGAAAGGCAGGCACGUUUGGAUGAUCUUAUGAACAAGCUGGAAGCUGCUGCAGCGAGGAAAGAGGUUGGCAACAUGACAACAGCAGUAAUGGAGCUAUAUGGGCACAAAGUGGCAAUGCUUGCACAGUCAGAACGAACCCUCCAAAUGAGUCUUACAGCAGCCUCUUCACAUUGCACUCAGCUUCAACACCAGGUUAUGCAAGCUCGGGCAGAGGCAUCUUGCUUGCACCAACUUCUUUACAGCAGCCAGCAGUGCUGUGAAGGGCUUGAACAAGAAAAGAGGUUACUGGCACAAAAGCUUGAGGAAGAAAAGUCUACUGCUGCAUCUGCACAUGCUCAACAUGUACAGGACUUUAAAGAGAAGCAGAGAGUGAUCUUAGGUUUGACAAACAAUGUGGAAGAACUUAAAGCAAAAUUGUCAAUGAAGGAAAAAGAUCUUGAAGCAAGCAAGCAGAAGAUCGAUGAACAACUUAAGAAAAUAAAUAAUCUUAAUAAGGAAAUAGCAGACAAGAUAGCAGAGAUGAAAAAUUUGGAAAAGGAGGCAACAGCUAAAAAUGCAGACUAUGCACAAACACUCACCAAAAUGGAAAAUCGGAUAGAGAAGAGAGACAGAGUAAUUCAUGAACUUCAGGGAGAAAAUGAAAAGAAGAACAAGAAGAUUGAAGCUUUACAGUUGGAAUCUCAAAACUUGGAGGAGGUAUGCAGGGCACAAGAGAAGACACUCCAGCAGAAGGAUGCAGAAAUGGAAGUUCUGCAGAGACAGUUAACUGAACUGCAGAGGAUAAGGGAUAUGAUAUAUAAUAUUUCUGCAGGCAAUAUGAGACCAGAAGUUUGAUUGCCACAAAAAAUUCACACUUACUUCUGGGCAGAAUUGAAAGAGAAAUAUGAUAAGAAAUAUCAUGCUAAUGGGAAAUACUUUGUUGUUCUGUUUUUAAAAUAUUGUAUAAGAGCAACAAUUAUUUUUACUUCAUUUUGCCAGUGCUACUUUUGUAGUUAUUUUAAAGAGUCAAGAUAAGUGUUUAUUGCAUAGUGUGAAACAUAAUGUUGUUUCUCUUACUUGCCUUAUAUGUGUGUGAGCACAAUAGGUGUUAAAAUAUGCCUGUGAGACUAUGAAUGAAUGAUACUUCUUGCCACUCUUUGUGCCUUAGGAGAAAAAGUAUCUCCACAGAUAUUUUGAUUGGGGUGUCUUUGACUUCAAACAUCACUGUCAACAAUUUUCCAAUUCCUUCUAUCCAUUGUGUUUGCAUGAUGUUGAAUCCUGAAUAUUUUGUACAGUUGGUAAUAACAGUAUUAAAGUGUUAUUUAUUUUGUAUAAUUAUA